CUUGUGGAACAAGUUGGCAUUAUCAUAAUGUGACAGCAGACACAAGAUAAUGUCAACAACAGAUGUGUCGUACGUGACAAGUAGCCUAGUUCAAAUGCCGACUGAGCGAGUGCGGCCUUGAACUUGAACUUGAAAUACUUUUCUCGGCUAGCCUAGGCCUAGUUCAGCACGAGGACCUGGGCUGACUUGGCGAGGGGAAGGGCCAGUCACAGUGCUGUUUAGAGUAUCUCCAGCCCUCACUGGCCAGUCUUCAUUAUCAAGUCACUAUCACAAGCCAAGGCAACCGCAGUGUGGCUGUUGGGAUUGAUGAUAGAUCUAGUUUCACAAAGCUACUAUAGAAACUCAUCAGCCGCUAAGGGCUAAGGCUGAGACUUUGAAACAUCGCUCGCUGUGUAGCUGCUGUUUACAUCCACUUUUGAUUUCCCUCAAACAACAUGUCCUUAGAAGCAGCAAGAGACAGGAUCUGCCAGCUGGAAGAUGCUGUGAAGCGCCUCGACUCUGUCAGGAAACACUUGACAAGAAAUUCGUCAGAGGUUUGUGGAGAAAUCCGAAGCAGCAUCAGCCGCAGCAUUGAGUGCCUUCGCAACCGUGAGCUUUCUCUUCUGGGCGAAGUUGACCAAGUGCAGGUGAUGAAGGAGGAUGCACUGCAGCUCCAGCAGGGCCGACUUAACCAGGCCAUCAACAUUCUCCGUACAGCCAUCACGCUGGUACAGGACGAUUCUGCCUCAGAGAAACACUUAUCAGACACUUUAGAGAGGUUGAACCAGCUGGACCUGUCCCCCGAGGAAACACCGUACAUCGCCUUCCGUGCAGAUCAGCUGCAGCUACGAGAAAGCCUAAUGAAUUUUGGCAGAGUGGAUGCUAAUGGCUUGCCUCUUGCCAUGGCAUUUGAGAACCCUGUCAAACCCUCAGCGAGCUUGCCACGUCAUCUUGAGGAAUAUGAGGAUGUGGAGCAUCAUGUUUUCAACAAGACACUUCAUGAGAUAAACAAAGAAUCAGCCUCUUCCACAAGUAUACGAGUGUGUAUCCCUAAGCUAUCUCAGCGUUUGGAGGACUGGCUGCAACAAAAACCACCAGUGUCUGGGUCAAGGUUAGAGGAAGACGCUAAGUCAAGGAUGCACCAGGAAGUCCUUCCAGGAGCCAGGGCGUUAGUGUCGAGACCGUCAACUCUGUCGGGAUCUCGUCCAGCCUCAAGUGGUGCCCUGUCACAGAUGGCGGACCUGUCAUCAUGUGACAGUCCGAGGGGCCCACGCUCCCAGGUGCCCAGCCCUGGCAGCUCUUGCAGUCUCAACAACUGGCUCAGCCUAAUCAAAAACCAUGCAGACUUAGAGGAGGAGCAUGACUUUGAGAUUGUAGACAAUUCCCGCAGCAAGGGGAACAGGGUAGGUCAGUCUGUGUGCCCGGAGCUGCAGAAGUGGCUGAGUCCAAGUAGCGCGCCUUGCGGUCCAGCCUCCACAGACUUCUUUAAGCAUAUCACCAAAGACUCACGGGUGUGGCUACUCCAAGUGUGCCAGCAGCAACUGACUAGUCUAGAGGAGAUGAAACAAAGGGAUACCUUUGAACACAUCAGCAAGGAACCUAGCAGCUGGCUGCGUUCUCGAGCUCACAGCAGGCUGGGCUACAUCUCGGACAUGCCGCAAACACCUUCUGCAGAUUUCUUCUCUCAUAUCUCCAAGGACCUGAGCAAGUGGCUAGCCCCACAGGGCCCAUCUGAAUGCACAGAGCCUGUUGUACAUGUGUCCAGUGAGAAGAUCAUGUCCUCCAGUGGUCACUUGUCCCCAGCAGAAGAGAAAUGGCUCUUGCAUGGUGGUGGUCGUAGGUUGCAGAGUCCAGCUCGAGUGAUGUCACAGCCUCUCCUGUCAUCACAGUCCAAUUUCUACCAGAGCCAACCGUCCCCUAUGUCGCCAGCUUCCUCUACAAUCUGGCUCCAAUCUCCGAACUCCCAAGCUACAGGUGGUAAUGCACAAGGAACAUCAUGUCAGGAUCUGUUCCGUCAUCUAGCACCCUCUGAAGAUGCUUCAUGGCUGCUGAAGUCGUCAUCUGAACCUUGCCAAGAUCAACGUGACUUGAUGUGUGCUGGCUCGGGGGCCGGAAUGGAUGAUGGGGGUAUAUGGCUGCGGAAGAAAGGUGUAAGCCAGUCGAGCAGAGAGGUGAGCCCAGGUGUCCUGACAUCUAUGUCUGACCUCUCUGACUGGCUGCUGCUACCAACUGGCCUCCGAUCACAGGGGUCAGGAAGUGCUGAGGGAUCUGACGAAUGUGAUAAAGAAAGUAGCUCUGAUGGGUGGAGUAUUUGCUCCACUCCACAUGGUGUGUCCACUGAGCAGCAUGCCAAAGAUGUGGCUGUGGCUGCUGACUACUUCAACAAAUGGCUACUGUAAAGGAAUGAUGACGUGAAUUAACUGGGUAUUGUCUGAAGUAACUUCUAAUUUUAUCGUAAAGUAAUAAAUAAUCUUUGAUCAAAAUUCUAAACAGCAUUAGAAUAGCACCGAACUUUCACAAAUUAUGCAUUAUGGCUCCCAAGACUUGGGGGGGGGUGUCUUUAAUGCUUUGUGACGUAAUGCUUGAUUCUUUAAGAUUAAAAUUUACGAAAAUUAGAUACUGUUGAAUACAGCCUGUCCGGUAUUCAUAUCCCUUGUUGAUACACAGCCGAGACAUUGUAAUCUUUGUUGCUGUUUGAUAUUAUGGUCUGCUGGUAGUGCACAAUUUCAAAGUAUACUCAUAAUUAUUAAUGCUGAAAUGGCAAUUUUAGAAUUUAAGAAUUAUGGAAAAGGAUUCCUCUUGGAAUUAAUGUUUAAAUUUCCAUUUGGCUGUGAAUUUCAGUUCUUGGUAACAGUAGAAUGUGUCAAGUGUAUUGUUUGCUUUCUAUUAUAUGUGUCACGACGUGGUGGAAUCAGGGGCUCGUCAAUUUUGCACCAUACCGGGUUCUUGGUAUCAUCUUAAAGCCUGUCCUUUUGCCUUGCGUUU